CGAACUCACACCGGAACAACGUAGAAAACGGAGCAACAGCAUGAUAAGAUAAGCACGUCGCUACAAAGUCUUGAUGCCCAUUUUAGUCAUCACGACGGUGAAGAUCGCGACGCAUAUCUCGUUCCUUUUUUCGACUUUUUGCCAGAGCAGACGAUCAGGAUCAUUUACUUCGCCGUCUACACCAUUUUUGUAUGGAGGUUCUCGAUCAUCCUAUAGGUAACUGUAAGAAACGACAAGAUCAGUCGUCUAUAGCUUCCUGCAAAUGACCAAAGCCACGUCAUUUCUUGCGCUGGAUCAGACUCAGAGUAUGCCACCUGUCACGACACAAUUUUUUCCGAUCGCCCCGAGUCGUGAUCUAUUUCGAUUACGGAACACUCUCCGUGUCUUGCAAUUGUUUGUUGAUGGAUCAUGGAAUUAGAAGAAACUAUCAAUGACGACCGGUUCGUUUCUAUGAUUCAGUGGUUUUUAUUUUGGUGGUUCUCAUUCACACACAGUCUUUGGAUCUUUUUUCCGCAGCAUAACUGUAUUUUGAGCUAGUAUGAAUAAUUGGCGGAGUUGUAUUUCGAUUUCCAUUCAUUGUAGUCAGAGCUAGGCUUCUUCUAACCGUAACUUCUUAAUUUUCAUUGGGUGUAAAAAUCCAGUUCGAACCCAAGCGACGUAGUUCUUCCAAUAUGACGGCAGCCGCGAGUGGACCUCCGGUCGGUAAUCCCGGUACGCCGGAUUAUCCUAAAGAAAAACGUCCCCACCCCAGAGUCAAGAUGGGCAAUCUGCUAGACAAAUCAGCCAGCUUUGGUUGUUGUGCAUUACAAGUUUUGCCUCGAAGUGUAAUGCUGUUUAGCUGGUCCAGCAGCAUCACAGAUCUAGCAUAUCAUGCUUGUUGGAGCAUGACAAAUUCCGAAACAUGGCUAGAAGAUGCUUCUCAUGGGGCUGCGCAUGAGAAACAUUAUCAGCAUACGGAUUAGCAUUACAACUAUGGGGUGAGGACGUUUUUACUCAGGAUACGGAUUUCGAAAAGUUUAUCAAGGACCGCUCGUACGUGGAGAACGGUGCGGAUUUUUCGCCUGCCGAUCUGGAUUGUUUGGCCAAGUUGAACGGUAAGAUCCCAGAUAUGCAGAAAUUGCCCUCCACCUACCGCUGGGCACUCCACAUCCACGCACUUCAGCGGCAGCGGCCUUUCGCCUUCAGUACCAGUACCACCUCGUCCGGAAAUAGUAAACCGCAAGGCGGAAACAAACCAGGGGCCGCGGCGCAGAUGAACAACAAAAACAAUGCCUCAUCAUCUACCGGCGGCGGUGCUAAGGGGAAGGACGAAGCAAAUAUUGAAGGCAAGUUGCCGAACGCUGUCAUGGGCAAAGUGUGCACGCGAUUCCCCCCCGAGCCCAGUGGUUACAUGCACAUCGGCCACGCUAAGGCCGCGCUGCUGAAUAACGCUUAUGCGCGCAUGUAUGAGGGAAAGCUCAUCAUCCGAUUCGACGAUACGAACCCCAGCAAGGUAAGUAGUCUACAACGUCGAGUUUGUUUUUGUUCUGGUCCGCCCGGAAUGAUCUAACUCCGCUUCAGAGUUUGAUUCUUUCAUCGCCGCGACCCACCAUGAACAUGCAUUGGUUUUCUUUUCCAUGAGAAAGGAUAAGAAAGAAGAUAGAAUAGAAAAAGAGAGUAUGCGAUGUCUGAUUUAUCUCAACACCAGGAAAAGCAAGAGUUCGAAGACACGAUCUUGGAGGAUAGCAAGAGCCUGGGCAUCGUUCCGGACUUCGUGAGUCACACCUCGGACUACUUUCCCAAGCUGCAGGAACUGAUGGAGAAGUUGCUGAAGAACGGUGACGCGUACGUAGACGACACUCCCGUCGAGAAGAUGCGCGACGAGCGUGACAACGGCGUCGAAAGCGCAUGCCGGAAGUUCAGCGUCGAGAAAAAUUUAGAGCUUUGGAAGGAAAUGCUCGCCGGGACCAAGACCGGCCUGACCUGCUGUGUCCGCGGAAAAAUGAACAUGAAGGACCCAGUCAAGUGCCUCCGCGACCCCGUCUUCUACCGCUGCAAAACCGACGUGCCCCAUCACAGGUAAGUGACACUAGUAACCCGUGCUGGGUUUUAUUUUUUUCGAUCCUUUCGAAUUCGAUUCUUGCCCUUGCGUCACAGGAGCUGCUGCCUCCACACAACGAAGAUUGUAUCUAUACGUAGCACAUAAUCAUCAAUUUCUUUAUUCACUUUCUCCAUUUUUAGAUGAGAAGAGACGACCCCCAAUUCAAGGCCAACUAAAUCGACUAUACGAUCCUAGAUUUAAGUUUGUGUAUUCAUUUUCAACGACAUAAUAAUUCUAUUGCUUUUCACUCUCCCUAGGCACGGCACGAAGUACAAGGCUUACCCAACCUACGACUUUGCGUGUCCGAUUGUGGACGCGAUAGAGGGUGUGUCGCACUCCCUGCGGACCAUCGAGUACAAGGACCGGGACCAGAUGUACUACUGGGUGCAACAGAAGGCGAACGUGGGCAAGACCAUUUUGUACGAGUUCUCCAAGACGCAGUUCACGCACACGGUGUUGUCCAAGCGGAAGCUGACUUGGUUCGUGGACAACAAGGUGGUUUCGGGGUGGGACGACCCCCGGUUCCCCACGGUGAAGGGCAUCCUCCGUCGGGGGAUGACCGUGCAGGCGCUGCAGGAGUUCAUGAAGACGCAGGGGGCCAGCAAGCGGGACGUGCUGAUGGAGUGGGACAAGAUCUGGGUGCUCAACCGCCAGAUCAUCGACCCGCAGGCGGCCCGGUACGCGGCCAUCACCGCCCCGGUGACGUUGAAGAUUUCCGGUGUGCCCGCCGAGUCCUACGUGGGCAUGACCAACCUGCACCCCAAGUGUGGCCAGGAGGGCGUGCUGUCCGGCCAGAAGCCGCUUUGGUACGGUGCCUCGGUCUUUCUAGAGGCGGCCGACGCCGCGGAGAUCGCGGAACAGGAACAGAUUACGUUAUUACACUGGGGAAAUGUCCUUGUCGAAAAGGUUACGAAGGACGCGGCUGGCAAAGUCACCCUGCUCGAAGCCAAGCUGCACUUGGAAGGUAUAUGCAAUUGAAAUGAUGGUGCUCAAGUACUAGUAGCCUUGUUGCUGUUUUUAGUAUUCGUGUAGUUCCUCACGUCUGUGAGUUAAAGUUAGUGUGGUGCCAGCGAGUGUAGUCCGUCUCGUGGCCGCUGGCGCUGCUGCUACUUCCUUCCAUCCGUAUCAAAUUCAAAUCCGAAGCAACUGACCUCGUCAUCUAUUAACAGGAAGCGUGAAGGACACAAAGAAAAAGCUGCACUGGGUCGCCGCCACGGGCCGCGAAACGGAGGUGGUUCUGCGGGAAUACGACCAUUUGAUCUCAAAAGCAAAACUGGACGAGGACGACAAAUUCGAAGAUUUUAUCAACCCACAAACCAUUUUCGACACCGUAGCAGUCGGCGAAGCCCCCUUGAAAAACGUGAGCAAGGGCGACAUUGUCCAGCUUGAGCGCAUCGGGUUCUUUAUCUGUGACUCUCCGGCCUUUCCGGAGGGACAACCCAUGGUAAUAUAGUUCUGUCAUGUUGAUUUGUUUUGAAAGGAUUUACUAGUUGUAGAUGGUAGCGUAGACGUUGACAAAGUCCACCUCAUCUGCUACUUCUUGAUUGAAGCAUGUGUUUGGUGAGGUCUUAUUGACGAUCCUGGCAUGUUGAUCGAUAUGACGAUGAUCUUCAUUCUCAGGUUCUCAUUAAAAUUCCGGACGGGAAGUCAAAGGCAAUGAGCAACAUCGCGGGCAAAGUUGAUCCAAGCAAGUUGCAGGGCGCAAAGGGCAAGGAAGCGGCCGCUGCGGCAGCCCCAGCGGCGGACCCGGCUGCAGCGCAGCCACAGGCUUCUCCGGAGGACCUCGCGAAGCUGCAGGCGGCGAAGGACCUCGUCGCAAAAUUGAAAGCAGACAAGGCCUCCGAUGAGGAAAUUCAGGCAGCGGUCGCGGAAAUGAAGCGCCUGAAAGAGGUGUGCGGAGAAAAGGAGCUUUCCAAGGCGGAGCGAAAGAAGCUGGAAAAAGCGGCAAAAGCAAAAGCGAAGGCUUAAAGAACUCAAUGGAUUGUCCUGUCUAGACGGACUGUCGUGGUCACGCGCGCGUUGAACACUUCUUGCUUCGGUGGAAUGACAUUAUCCAGAGACAGAUGAUCGCACUUGUUUCAGUGUUGCGUACGAACGAUGUCUACAAACGCUGUACAGUGCGGUUCUUUUUAUUACGUCGAGCCAACUAGUACUGUCUGGCGAUAAUUUCGCAAGUGGCAACUUUGCCCAACAAGAGGAAGAUGCUUCAUUUCGGAAGUCGAAGUUAAGUACUUAACAACGGCGUCUGGAUGCACCGUUCUUAAAGAGCGAACCUCUCCAGGUGUUGUUGCGGCUUGUCUAACAAGUUUUGACAUCAAACGCGACCAUGAAAAAAAAACAGGACGCGGUUCUGCGCACAUGAAAAUGAGUUAGGUCUC